GUGGGUGAGUGUGUAACUGGGGUACCGUCUUCCAUUAAAGGUUGGAAAACUCGGUUCUUUUAUGUUGAUGAGUCUGUCAUACCUUCUAACUAUCCUUUCGCUCGGACCAAACAAAAAAAGUCUAGAGGGAAUAUGUCUUUUGAGCUUCCGUCUAGUGGAUCCGACAUGUCUUUAGUUGUCGAGAUGACUGAGUAUCCAUUGGAGUAUCGUGUGCUUCCGGAGCCUAUCCUUUAUCUUACCGGCUUAUCCAAGUUAUGGUCCCAUCAUCCUGCUAUUCCUAAGAUAGCCGUUGGAGGGCGGGCGAUGGGGCUUAGAGGAUAUCUUAGAGAUGGUCACAAGAAUGGUUCCUUUACUCCUAAUCCUCCCGAUACCGCAGCUGUUCCUUUAAAAGAUUUUACUAAUGAGAUAGCUAUUGCUCCCGAGGGAGCUGACUUUGUGGAAGGCGACUCGGAUCCUCCUUCUGAUAAUGAAGUUGCAGCCUCUCAUCCUACUUCCGGUGUUGACAAUUAUGUCCCUUUUGGUACGACGGUCGCUCCAGAAAAGGAAAAAGGAAGCUUACUCGUAAUGCUUCCUCUGACUCACAGGUUCCAUCGACCCAUGAGGAGGGUACUAGCUCUGCUGCUCCCCAUCGUACCCAUUCUGAUUCACCUAGACGCGACAUAAUACUUGUGAAUGGUGGUAGGCCAUUGCCUCCACUCGGACCUGGUAAGGGUAAGGAGCGUAAAACUUUGGAGGAAUUUAGUGCAGGAGCUGGGGUGGACGGUGGAGAUAAAGAAGAUGAGGAAGUUGAGGACCCUUCUCAAGAUGUUCCCCAGGGUACAUUUGUUCCUCCAUUCAGUAAGGUUACGCACAUGAGUACCCUUGAGGACGGUGAGGAACGUCUUGAUUUUGUCCGAAUAUCAUGGUGCCUCAUCGAGUGCAGAUGACUGAGAAGAUGCGUAAGAAUGAGUUCGUAGAUUUUGCCAAUGGAGCCGCGAUUGAUAUCCUCAACGCGCUGGGUACCUGACACGCCUCUCUCUUUCCGAGGAUGAACAACACAAGCUCAAGAAGCAGAAUGGCAAGUUAAAAGAAAAAGUGAAGUUAUUGGAAGAUUCUGAAGGGCGUGCUCGUCAGCAUACUGAUCUUAAGGUUCUCACUGAAAAGCUUGAUUUGAAGGAUCGUGAGAUAGAGAGUCUGUGGGAGCAGCUAGGAAAAGUCCGGAAUGAGAAGAAUGGAUGGAAAGAUAAAUACAAUGAAGCUAAACAGUAAUCUGAGGGUUUUGCUGCAGAUCUCGUGGAUCUAGGGAAUCAGAUGACCAAGCUUCAAGACAGUAGGACUAGGCGUGUCAAAGAAGCUGAGGAGGCUGUUGCUGAAAAGAAGCUACUUGUAGAGAGUUUGCCUUUGUUGUUUAAAAAAUUCUUGAAAAGUGAUGAAUUUAGUGAAGUGCUUACCAAACUACAGUCUCAUGCCAUGGCAGCGGGUGGUCAUAAGGUUCUUUACAACCUUCCUCGUAAGUAUCUGAAGGUUGAUCCUACUAAACUGGAUGGACAUAAACCGGCUGCUAUGGAUACUCUCUAUGCUGCUGCCUCUCAGAUGGAGGAUAUGGUGUUCCCCUACGUUACCGCAUUGGCUUUUAGCUCUGAGCUUACCACUGAUGAGAUCCUUUCCAUUGAUCCGGAGGUGAUUCCGGAAGAUGAUUGAUUGGUACCACUUAUCUUUAGUGUUGAUUGUCUCGGCCCUGCGUGGCUUUAUUGAUGCCUUUGUUGGCAAUACAUGAACAUUUUUAUUUUCUCUUGUUCCGUAUGUGUACUCGGAGUUAUGGUUGUGAUGUAUUGAGAACAAUUAGUUUACUUUCCUUUGUCAUUUAUGCGUA